AUGUUGCUGCUGUUCGAGACCGCCGGUGGUUACGCCGUUUUCAAGGUACGGGAUGAGAAACGCCUCGAGGAGAUUCAAGACUUGGCAAAAGAAUUCGAAAACACGGAUUUCAUGAACCAGACGUAUGAUGACAGGUUAACUGUAUGAUACUUUUAGGGUUCAGUUGGAGAAGUUCGUCAAGUUCGAAGACACCAAGGAGGCCCUUCUGGGUGAGUUAAAAUGAUGAGAUUACGGACUAGAGUCUCUGCAGCUGCUGUGGUUGAUAACCUACCGUACUGAGAUCUUUAUAAUCAAGCUCCCUCGACGACUUGAUGGUGUCCAACGCCUUGUUUUAUUUUAGCUGCUACUGACACCAUCGAGGGGAGAAUCUCAAAGAAGCUCAAACGGCUGCUAAAGAAGUUGUACGUCAAGGAGAUCCACGAUGACGUCUUAGCCGUCGCCGACAAGAAACUGUCACAGGAAAUAAAUGCGAAGAUGAACGUCACGACUAUCUCGAAUUCCUCUGUCCAGAAUCUGAUGCGCGCUAUUCGCACGCAUAUGUCGAGCCUUAUUCCGAGCAUAGAGGAGCCGGACAUCAUGCGUAUGCGUCUAGGCCUAGCACACAGCCUGGACCGUUACAAAUUAAAGUGUAAUCCCGACAAGAUAGACACAAUGAUUGUUCAGGCAAUCGGUUUGUUGGACGAACUGGAUAAAGAAUCAAACAACUACGUGAUGAGGUGUAAGGAAAUGUACGGCUGGCACUUCCCCGAGUUAUCGAAGAUCGUCACGGAGAACAUGGCGUACAUUCAAGUCGUGAGACGCAUCGGCGUCCGUGAGAAUGCGGCAAAGAUGGAUUUGACGGAUAUUAUUCCGGAGGAACUAGUAGCCCAGGUAAAAGAUGCAGCGAUAGUAUCUUUGGGGACCGAACUGACCCCUGAGGACGUCGAAAUGAUCCAUUCACUGUGCGAUCAGGUGGUAGACGUUGCUGAAUCUCGCAAUACACUUCACGAGUACUUGGUGAAGAGAAUGGUUGCGGUUGCUCCGAACUUGACUGCUCUCGUGGGCGAGAUACUCGGCGCGCGCCUUAUUGCAAGGGCCGGAACACUCAUAAACCUGGCUAAACAUCCGUCCUCGACGGUCCAGAUCCUUGGCGCGGAGAAAGCCCUGUUCCGUGCGUUGAAGACGCGUCACAAUACACCAAAAUACGGGGUGCUUUACCACGCCAGUCUUGUGGGCCAAGCUGCAUCUGGUAUAAAGGGGAAGAUCUCUCGAAUGCUGGCAGCUAAGGCUUCGCUAUCGAUCCGACUGGACGCUCUUGGUGAUGAGGAUGCUGAUAAUGAAAUGGGAAUUCGGGCCAGGGCCUACCUGGAGGAGCGUCUAAGACAACUGGAGGCAGGAACGGUAAGACUAUUGUGUUUCCUAACAUUCUUUUAGUUUAAUCCUCGCAUUUCGAAAAAGAGGUCGUUCCCCCGAGGUGCAUCUGAAGGUCCUCCGGCCAAAGUAAAACGAAAGUCGGAGGACGGGAUUUGA